AACAACAAUGCCUCUUAAAUUAUGAUCACUUCGGUGAUUAAAAAAUAAAUAAUCUAAGACGAUAUUCUGAUUAUUUAUAUCCAAAAUGUAGUUAAAAUUUAGUGGGAAAAGUGCGAAUUAAGAAAUGCUACAAAAUGCCGUGGAAUUGUUUCUGGGGAUACCAACCUCCAGCACCGACCUGCAGAGUCAGUGGGCCGCUGCACCUAAUUCAGAAGGAGGGCGUGGCGCAGGCGCACGCAUUCCGCAGUAAAUCGUUCCGCAAGCCGCAACCCUGCCACUGGUGCCACCAGCCAGUCGCCGGGCAAGGCUCCUGCUGUCGAGUUUGCAAAUAUGUGUGCCACACGUCCUGCGAAAGCAAGGUGUCCGGUGCCGUGGAGUUGGCAGACCCCGCCAAUACUGCGCAGAUACUAGCUCAACUGCAAAAUCCUGACCGAGCCCGGUUCUCCGACACCAGCUGGCAGAUCCACCGGACCUGGCGGGGCGAGGACCCGCUCCCGCGGUCGCCUCCACCGCUGCGCACCGCGGCAGCACCCGCUACGCAACUCCGCAAUGACCAGAAUGGCAUCUAUGACACCAUUACGACACGAGCCGUCAGCGCUCCUGCCACUCCCGCCGGUGCGUUAUUUGGAAGGGAUCAAACUGGCGCGCGGUCAGCGAGCUUCCCCGUCGGCGGGUCCGCGGGCCGCCUGGACCUGUGCUACGUGGCCGAGCGUAUGCUGGCGCUGCACCUGCCCGACCGCGACGCGCACGCCGAGGCGCAGGCCGCGCACAUGCUUACCAACAAGCACGGCGAACAUUUCAUGGUGUUUGAGGUGAGCUGUAGCGACGGCAGCGGAGCGGGGCGAGACGCGCGUGCGGCGUUUGGGCGCGCGCGAGCGUUAGGCUGGGCGGGGACGUUAGCGCCGCCACUCGAGCGACUAUGCGCCGCUUGCAAGCACAUCGAGAGCUGGCUGGCCGCGCACCCGCGGAACGUAGCUGUUUUACUCGCCUGGGGUAACCGAGAACGACUGGGCGUGUUGGUAGCGGCGUACAUGCACUACUCUGCGAUCUGCGGCGCGCCCGAGCACGCGCUGGACCGGUACGCCAUGCGGCGGUACCUCGACGACCGCGUGCCCGUCUUCCACCUGCCAUCCAACAAGAGGUACAUCGAUACGUUUGCUGGCCUGCUGGCGGGGCAGAUCCGCGUGAACGCGGCGCCGCUGCACCUGACCCACGUGAGCGUGGCCGGCGCACUAGCUCCGGCCUCGGAGCCCACCAUCGCCUUCCUCAAGAUCUACGAGAACUUCGUCUGCGUCUAUACCUCGGGCUUGUACAUGGUGAGCGGCGGCGGGUGGACGGUGGGCGUGGGCCGCCUGGCGCUGCGGGGCGACGUGCUCGUGCGGGCGUACCGGCGGCCGGCGCAGGCGCAGCAGCGGCGCCUCGUGUUCGCGUGCCAGUUCCACACGUGCGCCGUCGCGGACCACACGCUCUCCUUCACCAAGCAGCAGUUGGACCACGCCGCGCACGACCCAUCGUUCCCGUCCGAUGGCGCAGUGGAGCUGGUGUUCGCGCGCAGCGAGGGUGGCGGCGGUGCGGCGCCGGCGCCGACUCCGGCGGCCCCGCUGCGCGCCGCACCCGAUGCUCUAGCCCGAGCCGACUCGCUCGAACACCUGCGGCCCCUAUCUACGCUCACCGAUGAUGACCCUGGUGAAAACAACGGCAGCGCAGAAGGUUCCGGGUCGGGAGGCGAGGCCGGGGAGGGGGCUGAAGCGGCGCACACGUUCGGUCCCCUCGACGGGUCCAUCUACGCCACAGUGGUGCGCGCGGGCGGCGGGCCCGCGUCCCUGCUCAGCGCGUCCAUGGACUCCGGCAUCUCGUCGGCGGGGCGGCGCGCGGCGCCCAGCCCGCCCGACGAGCUCGACGCGCUGCUCGGGGACAUGCUGCGCACCGUCAGCGCGCUGCCCGACCCGCCCGGCGCGCAGCCUGCCGCCGCGCAAUCGCACUCCGACCGCGCGCCUGACAUACCGUAUCACGCGCGCGCCGACUCGGCUCCCUUCACAUACGGAGCGCCAGGCUUGCGACCCGGCAUGCUGCGCGCUCCCAAUCGCCUGGCCAGCCCCGAGCUGGUGCGGCGGGCUCUCGGCGGCGACCGCUCCUACCGACCCAUCGAAGACGACGACGAUGAACGAGUCGCUACCCCUGAACCGCCAUCGCCUCAUACCCCUGUUUCUCCGCGUACCCUUCGUAAACUUACUCAUGAAGAUGUCACCACUACCACUACAGCAGUACCACCGUCGGCCUCUCCUUUACGAAAUGGGAGGUGGUUGAACGGAAACGCGGAAUGGAUCGACCGACCUCCAAGUAACGCUCGCAAGGCGAUUGAAGAAAAUGGGACUUGGCGAUCAGCAAGCACGUUGGGAUGGCACGAAAGUUCAAGGGCGAGGGAACCGCGAAGGUCAGAGAGUGCCUUGGAAGGCAGCACGGGCCUGACGUGGUUACAGCGGCAACAGCAGAAACUGCGGGAAAGGAAAGAAGCCAGGGAGAGAGUCCAGCGGUUACCUCUUGAAUGGGAUGCCACUUCCAGACAUGUUCGACGCUCUGCCAGCCACCGAAUGGACGGCUACACUAGCGACACAACAGCAUUUGCCGACGACGAUGACGACUUCAGUGUUCCCUUACACGUCCACACAUUACGAACUCCACUUAGGAACGAUAGUAUCAGUCCGCAAGCACCUGACAGAACCUCAUCUAGAAAAUUCAUGUUCGAAAAGAUGACAAUGCGCGAGUGGAGUGGCAGUAACACGCCCACGUCUACCACUGCGCCCGGUCUUCUGUCGCUAGCGGAGCCGCCGAGCAAUGAUACUAUCAUUCGAGAGCGGACCGAAAGCUGGUCCCGGUCGGAGUCCCGCGCGGGCACGCCGCUGUUCCCCACGCACCCGCGCACGCCGUACCCGCCCACGCCCACGCCCUCGCUCAGCGCGCGCCCGCCGCGCUCGCCGCCCGUCACCAGAAAAGAGCGCGAAAGCAGCCCCGAAUCGGAGUAUCGGAUCUACAACGGCAGUUGCGGGUCGCGGCGCUCGAGCGCGGGCGGGUCGGAGCCGCAGCACGUGGCGCCCGACCGCGAGCGCUUCGCCAGGGACACCAGCCACUUCUGGUACAAGCCCAACAUCUCUCGGGAUGACGCGGUAGCAGCCCUGCAGCAGCUGGAGGAGGGCUCGUUCAUCGUGCGCGACUCGAACUCGUUCCCGGGCGCGUUCGGGCUGGCCGUGCGCGCCGGCGGCGGCGUGCGCCACUUCCUCGUGGAGCCGGCGGCGCGCGGCGUGCGCCUGCGCGGCUGCCCCGACGAGCCCGUGUUCGGCUCGCUGUCGGCGCUCGUGUACCAGCACACCGUCACGCCGCUCGCGCUGCCCGUGCCGCUGCGGCUGCCCGACAGGGAUCCAUGGAGCGGCGGCACCGCGAACGCGGCGGCUCGGGCCCUACUAGCGACAGGGGCGGCGUGCCACGUGCUGCUGCUCGGCUCCGAGAACACCGAGGCGCUGACCGGCCCCGCCGCCGUCAAGCGGGCCGUCACCAACAUUAUACUGAAGAAGGGAGGAGCGCACGUGGUACACUUCAAGGUGUUCGGCGGUGGCAUCACGUUAACCGACGCGGCGCGCAAACUGUUCUUCAGGCGGCACUAUCCCGCCGCUAAUGUCUCAUACGCGGGCCUGGACCCGGACGAGCGACGGUACGCACACGUCGAGAACGGCACCAAGAAUGAAAAACGCAUUUUCGCGUUCGUGGCGCGCGCGGCGACGGGCUCCGACAACCAGUGCCACGUGUUCGCCGAGCUGGAGCCCGAGCAGCCCGCCACCGCCAUCGUCAACUUCGUCAACAAGGCAUUACUCGGGAACUCGCAGAAAAAGGAUAUAAUUUAACGGCCUCUAACAUCAACUGAUGAGUCUAAU